AUGCUCACCCUCAUUACUGGACUCUCUUGCUUAAUCGGCAUCUUUGUGGGAUACCAGAAACAUCACCUUGACGAAAUGUGCACGCGACACAUUUCCCAAUACUCUCCUGUUCUUUCUCAGGUUCCGAUAAAAUACCACCGACAACGUUUUAACGGGUCUCUUCUCAAAGAGAACGUUUUCCGUCAGGACGCAAGUCCAGAGGUGGAUGCAGCAUGGGAGUCACUCGGUGCCAAUUACCGAACCCUAAGGGUUCCGGCUGAAGAUGCAGCAAAGUCCGGUAUUGCGCCCGAUCAGGUUCGGAUCAAAGAGAAAUACGGAGGAGGGUUUCCCGCAAAUGUCGAAGGUCUACACCACCUACACUGUCUUAACCUCCUACGCCAAUCAUUGUAUUAUAACUACGAAUAUUACCAUUCCCGUGGACAGGGAGCCUUCUCAAACGAGGAUUAUAUCGUCCGCAAACACGUUUCUCACUGUCUAGAUAUUCUGCGACAACAAUUGAUGUGCACAAUCGAUAUUGGAGUCCUAGGCCAGGUCUGGCUCCAUCCUGAAAAUCCAAGCGCAUUCGUAGAUUUCAACACUGAGCAUCGAUGCCGCAAUUUUGAGGACAUUCGGGAGUGGGCGGAGAAGAACCAGCUCCCUGAGCAUGCUCCUUCGGAUUUCUUACAGCCUCCAGGAGAAGGAGACCGGGUUUAUCCCCAAGUUCCAUAA